AUGAAGUUGCUAUUCGUGAUUGCCCUAGGGGCUGCGGUAGCAGAGGCGACUAGCAGUCCAACGUUAGACUGGGACCCAAACACUGUCAAGUCCUGUGUUGAAUGGUACAACAAUGGCAUGCGAGAAACAUGCGAGUACAUCAGAGAUUACUUUGGCAUCACCCCAGAGCAGUUUUCAAGCUGGAACCCAUCGAUUGGGCUGGACUGCAAGCCUUGGAAAUUUCAGUCGUACUGUAUCGUGACAAAGGAGAGAAUCGAAGAAUACUCCAGAACACAUAUGACCACCGCCACUACCUCGACGACGGCUACGGAAACUUCUUCUACAAGGGACAUCGGCCCAUCGCCGACGUCUUGGGCGGAAAAGGGUUGCUUUGUCGAAGGAACCGACGGCAAUAUUCUCGAGAAACUCAUGAGCGGUGACGGCGACGAUGCCCUCACCGUCCCCAAGUGCCAGGACCUGUGCUAUCGGGAACGAACCCGCUUCACCGGUCUCAAGAACGGAAACCAAUGCUGGUGCAGUGACUAUGUCAUCGGAGACCAUGCCAAGAACCAGACCGAUUGCAACAUGCCCUGCACCGGCGACAAGGCGACAAUCUGCGGCGGCAAGGACCGCAUCAAUGUCUUUGACGCACAGUACAAAGGCCUGCUCCCGAUUUAUUCGAGAACCUGGGGCGCCAGCUCUGGUACAUCUUCGUCGGCUGGGGCUUCUUCGUCAGCAGGAGCUUCGUCAUCGGCUGGAGCUUCUCCAUCAACGAGUACGCAGGCGUCGCAACCGUCUUCUGUGGACGUGGCUCAGUCAAGCUCGGGAGCGAUGAGAAACGCUGUUAUUUUUGGGAUGUUUGGCCGCGCAUAG